CGGGAUCUGCCGAGGGAUUCCUGCGCAGCCGCGAUGGAUCUGUUCGCCACCUCGAGGUGUCACGGUGGUAUUUCGUGCGGUUAGUUGGCGCGCGGGGCCCCGGUGACUAGGACGGCCAAUACAGGCGCUCCGUAUAAAAGGAGAGACAAGAGACAGGGCCGAGAACGAGCAGGAUACGCUGCAUAAACGGAGUGACGACCACACAGUGACGACGACGAAGACGACCGAAUUUAAAUUGUUAGUAAUUUAAUUUUUAUUUAUUUUUUAUUCUUGUUCGUUUACGACUACACGAGAAAGUCAGGAAAGUGCGCGAGAAUCUCGUCGACCGAGCCGCGAGCUCGACCUCAUCCCGCGAUCGCGACGUUUCGCCUGCCUAGGUGCCAGGAGUCUCUGGAGACCCAUUAAGAUUUCUAUCGCGACGUCGUGCCCGAUUUCGUAACCGGCCUCUCGGAACUUUGGAUAAUUAAGUAGCCGCCUCAAGUACAAGGAAGAGGAGGACGUUCGAGAGGAGGCGGUGGGUACCCUCGGAACCGAGGGGAGAGCACGAUAGGUUGGAUGGUGCCGCGGGUCGGCGCCGUUUGAACCAAUCCCGAGGAGGUCGGCCAGUUUUCUUCGACAGUGAAAGCGAAGAAAGCAGCCUCGACAGGGCACUCGAUCACGAAGGGAGGAAGGGUGGCUCGCCACCCGUGAAAUUAGCGGUAAAGGGAGGUGCGAAGGCGGCCCGACGCCAUGGGGGUCGCCGACGAUUUCGCGCCUAGCUUCACCCAGAAGCCGCAGCUUAGACAGGAGGACGACGGGAACCGGUUGAUCUUUGAGUGUCAGCUGGUCAGCUCGCCCAAACCGGAUAUAUCGUGGUUCCGGGGCGAGACCGAGCUCAGUCCAGAUGCCAGGACCAACUUCAGGAUACAGAGCAUCGGGACGACCAAGUUCCUGGUCGUUCUGGAGCUCGACGACGUCAUCGAGACCGAUGCUGGACUCUACAAGGUCAAGGCUAAGAACAAGAUGGGCGAGGUCGCGGCUUCGAUUAACCUUAAUUUCAGUCCUGUCGACGAGCCUAGGGAGAAACAAAUCGACGGCAUCGCGCCAACUUUUGCGAAAAAGCCUGCUAUCAGACAAGAAGACGAUGGUAAACGACUACUUUUCGAAUGUCGCAUCACAGCCGAUCCCACGCCAAAAGUUACGUGGUUUCACGAUGGAAAUAUGGUCAAAGACUCACCGAGGCAUAAGCUAACCGUCGAUAAAGAUGGCCACUCGUACUUCGCUACGCUGGAAAUAAAAAAUGUGACCGUCGAGGAUGCUGGUAAAUACAAGGUCACAGCGAAGAACGAGCUCGGCGAGUCUAACGCCACCAUUUCCUUGAACUUCGACAGCGACGAGGCGCCCGUACCCGACGACGGUAUUAAACCGACCUUCACCGAACGACCGGUAAUAAGGCAAUCCGACGACGGUAACACCAUCACCUUCGAAUGCCGCUUAGCCGGCGAUCCGAAACCGAGUGUCAAGUGGUAUCACGGUACCGAAGAGGUGAAAGAAGGAGGAAGAUUCAGCAUGUCGCUGGAACUCGAUCAGAAGCUCUACCACCUAGCGAGAUUAAAGAUCGACAACGUGGCGAAAGGCGACGCCGGCGAGUACAGAGCCGUCGCGAAGAACAAGCACGGCCAGGGAGUGGCGACGAUUAACCUAAACUUCGAAGGGGGUGACAAACUAAAAAUACCCGACGGUAAGCCGCCGCGUUUUCCGAAGAAACCGACAAUCCGACAGGAAGGCGACAUCUUGAUUAUGGAGUGUAUCCUGGAAGCGCACCCGGUGCCGGACAUAACCUGGUACCAAGGCCAGAAACCGAUCGCCGACAGCAAACGCGUCAAGAUGUCACGCAAGGCGACCGGCAAGGACACUUAUUUGCUCACGCUCGAGAUCUCGAAUCCUACCAAGGCCGACGGUGGAAAUUAUCGAUGCAACGCGUUUAACAACUUCGGCGAGAGUAACGCCAACAUCUCCCUCAACUUCCAAGAAGAAGGACCUGGUUUCGCGCCGACGUUCGUCGAGAAACCGCGUAUCAUUCCGAACGAAACCGGUACCUUGAUCACGAUGAAGUGCAAAUGCAAGGCGAACCCGAAGCCGGAGGUCACGUGGUUCCGCGGGACCAACGUCGUCAAGGAGUCUUCCAAGAUCUCUAUCAAGACGAAGACCGUCGAGGAGGACGUUUACGAAUUAAUUAUGGAAAUCAAGGAUCCUUCGGCGCCUGACGGCGGCACUUACAGGUGCCACGUGAAGAACGAAUACGGCGAAAGCAACGCCAAUCUGAACCUGAACAUAGAGGCCGAACCGGAACCGGAAGGCGACGGUCCGACCUUCGUCGAGAAGCCACGCAUACAGUCCCAGAAUCAGGGCAAACUGGUGAUAAUGGACUGCAAAGUAAAAGCGAACCCGAAGCCGGAGAUCGUGUGGACCCACGCCGGCCAGGUGGUGAAGGAGUCUUCGAAAAUCUCGAUCAGUAUUAUUCAAGAGAAGGACGAUAUUUAUUACAUUAAAUUGACAUUGAACGAUCCCAGUCCGGAGGAUUCCGGCUUGUACAAGUGCAACAUCAAGAACGACCUCGGCGAACUGAACGCCAACCUCACGCUCAACGUUGAAAUUAUACCUGUAAUCAAGGAGAAGCCAAAGGUCGUGAAGAUCGUGAAGAAGAGAACGGUCGUAGUCGAGUGUCACGUGCUCUCCAAGUUCACACCGGAUUGUACUUGGUUCAAAGAAACGCAAGCCGUCAAGCAGGAUACCAGGCACAAGGUGCACGUGGAACAAGUGAAAGAGGGAGAAUUCGCGGUGAAAUUAGAGAUCGAGCAAGUGUCGGCGACCGACAAGGGUAUCUACAAGUUGGUAGCUCGCAACGAGAAAGGAGAAGCGACCUCCCAGGUGGUGGAGGUUACGGAUAUCAUGGAGGAAGGCGAUAAGCCGAAGAUCGCGUCCGGUCUGAAGUCUGUGACGAUCGAGGAAGGCAAAACGAUCGAACUCGUCGCUAGCCUCGCGAAGCAGGAUCGCAAAGUGACCAUCCAGUGGUACAAAGACUCGACGGUAAUCAAGUCCAACAAGGACAUCAUGAUAUCCUUCAACGGUACGGACAUGAAGUUCAUCAUCACAUCCGCUACCACCUCGUUCUCUGGAACCUACAAGGUUGUCGUCAGCAAUGAGUUCGGUCAAGACGAAUCGUCCGCUCGUAUAGUGGUCAAGAAGAAGGAGGAAGAAGAGGAGGAAAAGAAGGAAGAAAAGAAGGAAGAAAAGAAGGUAGAAAAGAAGGAGGAAAAGAAAGAGGAAAAGAAAGAAGAAAAGAAGGUAGAAAAGAAGGAAGAAAAGAAGGAAGAAAAGAAAGAGGAGAAGAAAUUGGAAGUUAUUCAGAAAAAACCAGAAGAGAAGAUCGAGGAAAAGAAGGAAGCAGAAAAGAAAAAGGUGGUGCAGAAGAAGGAAGAAAAGAAAGAGGAGGCUUCGUUAAAAGCGGAGAAGACCGUGUCUCGCAAGCAGUCUAUCAGCAGAGUCGAGGAACUGCGAACGGAAAGCCGAAGGAGUUCUCUGGUGUCAACCGAGGAAAAGAUGAUAAGCGAAGAUGGCUACACUACACCACGACGCGUUUCGAUACAAAAGACCGAGGAGGAAGUGAAGUCGGAAAGUCGGCGAUCUUCGAUCGUCGAGAAGAAGAAGGUGACAGCCGAGAAGAAGCAGGAAGUCAGCGUUAAAACCAAGACCGUUGGAAAAGAGGAAACAAAGGAGGCACCUAAACCCACACAGAAGGUAGAAGAUACCAAGAAACCGGAACCCGCGAAACCACAACCCACUCCCGGUAAACCCGAGGAGGCUAAGAAAGAGGAACCCGCCACGAAACCCAAGACCACCCUCGGCAAACCCCAAGAGGCAAAGAAGGAAGAACCCGUCACAAAACCAAAGACCACCCUUGGGAAACCCGAGGAAGCAAAGAAGGAAGAACCCGUCACAAAACCAAAGACCACCCUUGGUAAACCCGAGGAGGCGAAGAAGGAAGAACCCGCUAUAAAACCGAAAACCACCCUUGGUAAACCCGAGGAGGCGAAGAAGGAAGAACCCGCUAUAAAACCAAAGGCCACCCUUGGUAAACCCGAGGCGGCAAAGAAGGAAGAACCCGCCACAAAACCCAAAACCACACUACUUGGUAAACCCGAACAGGCGAAGGCAGAGGAACAACCCAGGAAAUUCAGUCUGAAACCUGUAGCCAAGCCCGAGGAGGAAAAGAAGACUCUCAAUAAAGUAGAGCUCAAACCACAGACAAUCACCGCGGGCGAGGAGAAGUCAAGGCUGCGUAAACCACCGAAACACGAACUUAAAACCGACAGCUUUCAGGGUAUUCAACUUAAACCGGUUUCCAAGGGGCCUAAACAGCCCCAGCAGGCUGAAAAUGGCACUAUUGAGCUAAAGAAAACCGAGAAGGCCGAGAAGGUCGAGGUUAAGAAGAUGAAGACGGCCAAGACAGCAAAGGAGAGCAACUACGAGCUACCAGAGAUCCCAGACUACGAGAGGCCGGUACUGGAGAAGCCCCAGGAAUUCGACUUCGGCGAUCGCGUGGCUCGUGACAAAACCAAGCUCGACAGACCCACUACUCAGAAAUUCGAGUCUAAGCCGAAAGUGCCAGAGAUCAAAGCGCCCGAGACACCGAAGAUCGAAGUUAUCAAGGACGCGACCCCGGCUGGAAGCAGAAAGGGUUCUCUGAUACCUGGUAGCGGUACCAGCAGUCGACGUGGUUCAUUGAUACCACCCGAAGAAUUGGGUCGCAGACCCAGUCUGAUCAUCAGUGACGAGGAGAAUAGGAAGCUGCGACCAGGCGAGGUGGUGGACGAGCGCAAGUUAGGGGGAAGGUUGCGGCCCGGCGAAGUUUUCGACGCCAAGCGUCGUCGUCCGAGCGCGGACGUCAGAAGACCCAGCGUGGCGGACCUCGAGAAUAAGAUCAAUCAGCCUAGCACACCUCUUCGAGAUGUUGGACCACCGGGACCGCCUCAAAUCGUCGAUGUUCAGGAAUCAUAUUCCGCCGUCGAAGAUUCGACGGCGUACCUCACGGUGGGGGUGGAAGGUUCGCCCGCGCCCACCUUCAAGUUCUACAAAGGGAUCACCGAGAUCAUCGAAGGUGGCCGAUUCAAGUUCCUCACGGACACGGAGACCAAUACGAUCACCCUCUGCAUGAGGAAGACGAAGCCCAACGACGAGGGCACUUAUAAGAUCGUCGUGAGCAACAUCCAUGGCGAGGACUCGGCCGAAAUGCAGCUCUACGUUUCAGACGCCAGUGGUAUGGACUUCCGUGCCAUGCUGAAGAAGAGAAAGUAUCAGAAAUGGGCGAGGGAGGAGCAAGAACAGGAGAAGGUGGACUUGAAGGAGGUGGAGAAACCAAUGCCAGCGUUGAAGAAAGUGGAGAAGAAACAAGAGAGCUUCCUGAAGCCGCUCGUGGACCAGUACGCCAAGGAGGGCAAAGACAAAAAGGUCGUAUUCGAGGCGAACUUCUCGAAACCGAACUGCAAACCGAAAUGGUUCUUCAGAAAAGACGAACUGUUCCCCUCGGCCAAGUACAAAUUCAAGAACGAAGAGGAUUGCUACCAGCUCAUCAUCGUGGGUCCCAAGGUCGAGGACACCGGCAAAUACACCAUCGAAAUUUCAGGGGUUUCGAGCACUGGCUUCCUCAAUGUCGAGGAACCGGAUCCGACCUACACGUUCACCAAACCACUCUCGAAGAAGACGAGUGGUUUCACCAAGCACGAAGUCUUCAUGGAGUGUACCGUCAGCUCCAAUCUUGCUCAAGUUUCGUGGUACAAAGGAAAGACGAAGCUCGAGGAUGGCGACAAUAUCAGUAUAUCGAAGGACAUGACUGGCGUCUGCCGAUUGACCAUUAAGAGCGCCACGCUCGAGGACAGCGGCGAAUAUAUUUGUAAACUCAACAAGCAACCCGACAAGACUGAAACUGUCCUUACCGUCGUCGAGUAUCCUUACAAAUUCGUGAAGGUACUGAAGUCCCAGCAGCUCGUAGAAAAGGAGACGCUGACUCUGCUCUGCGAGUUGGACGACGAGGGUGGCGAAGUGAAAUGGUUCAAGGGUGACCAGGAAAUAGUACCCGACAAGAGGGUACAAAUCAAGGAAGAAGGCAGGAAGAGGAAGCUCAUUAUCAAGGACGUGAAAGUCACGGAUGCUGGCCAAUACUCGUGCGUGAGCAACGCCGACAAGACAGAAGCUGAAAUAGUCGUAAACUACGCGAAUCGUUUCAACAAGAAAUUGAAGGACACCCUGGCCGUGGAAAGAGAGAAGUUGGUGUUGGAUGUGGAGCUACAGGACCAGACUGCUCCAGCCGAGUGGAAGUUCAAUGGCGAGCCGAUCAAGCCCAGCGAUCGGGUGGAGAUCAAGAAUCUGGGAGGUGGCAAGCACCAGUUGGUCUUCAACAGCGUAGAGAUGACCGACGAUGGUGAGAUCACCUGCGAAAGUGGACAGCUAUCGAGCAGCUGCAAACUCACGGUCAAGAAGGGCGAGAGCAAGCCCAUCGUCGAAGUUCCUGACAAGGUCGAGGGUCCUUGCAGCGCACCGAUCGUCUUCGUUGUUCCUUUCAAGAUCGAGGGCACGAAGCAAAGCCAGGUAGAAGCCAAGCUGAUGAAAGACGGCAAACCGUUGCCGUUGAAGGAGGUCGAGGUGGUGGUUGGCGAGGACAAGAUCACGUUCAAGGUCAAGAAACCAUCUCGUGACCAAUCUGGUAUUUACCAAGUGAAGAUUGGCAACAACCAAGGCGAGGAAGUCAAGGAUGUAAACAUUGUCAUGCAAGACGUGCCAGCACCACCCACGGACGUCGACGUGAACGAGAUCUUCCAGAACUCUUGCGUGGUGUCCUGGAAGCCUUCGAAGGACGACGGUGGAUCGCCCAUCACGAAGUACGUGAUCGAGCGUCUCGAUCUCAGCUUGAAGUCGCAAUGGGACAGCGUCGGCGAGGUGAUGCCUGGCGAGAAGUGCGUCUACAAAGUCGAGGACCUCGUCGCGAAGAAGGAGUACAAGUUUCGCAUCCGGGCGGUGAACAAGCUCGGCUCCAGCGAGCCAGCGAUGUUCGCGAAACCAGUGCUCGCGAAAGAUCCAUGGGACGAGCCUGGGAAACCAACGAACGUGGACGUGACCGACUGGGACAAGGAUCACGCCGACCUGAAGUGGACGAAGCCUGAGAACGAUGGCGGAGCGCCGAUCACGGGUUAUAUAAUCGAAUACAAAGAGAAAUUCGGCAAGGAAUGGGUGAAGGGGAAAGAGAUCCAAGGCGACGUGACCGAGGCGACCAUCGACGGUCUGAAAGAAGGCACCCAAUACGAAUUCAGGAUCAGAGCAGUGAAUAAAGCUGGUCCUGGCGAACCUUCCGACGCCACGAAACCGAUCAUAGCCAAGAGCCGUUUCGUCAAACCGUUCAUCGUUGGCGAGGGCUUGACCAAUCUCAUCGUGAAGAAGAGUCAAGUGAUCAAGUACGACAUCAAGUACGACGGCGAACCGGAGCCAGAGGUACACUGGUUCCUUGGAACCAAGGAGCUCGUCCAAGACUCUGCCGAAAGAAUCACGAUCGACAAAUACGAAAGGAAUACCGUGCUCACCGUGAGAAAAACCACCAGGCCGGAUUCAGGAAAAUACAAGCUGGUCCUGUCGAACAGCUCCGGAACGUGCGAGAGCGUCGCAGACGUUGUUGUCCUUGAUAAACCAUCCAGUCCGAAAGGACCGCUGAAAGUGGAGGAGGUGCGUUCAGAUCACGUGAAAGUGAAAUGGCAGAAACCCGAGGACAACGGCGGUACAGACAUCACCGGUUACGUUCUGGAGAAAAUGGACAUGGAAACGGGACGAUGGGUCCCCGCUGGUGAAGUUGGACCCAACGAAGACAGCUUCACCUUCAGCGGCCUAACUCCCAAAAAGAAGUACAAGUUCCGCGUGAAGGCCGUCAACAAGGAGGGCGAAUCCGAACCACUCGAGGUGGACGAAGCCAUUCUUGCCAAGAAUCCUUACGACGAGCCUGGCAAGCCUGGCAAGCCACAAAUAUUCGACUACGACAACGUCAGCGUGUCCUUGAAGUGGGAUAAGCCAGAGACCGAUGGAGGAAGACCGAUCACUCACUACACCGUCGAGAUGAAGGACAAAUUUUCACCAGAUUGGGUCGAGGUAGCGAAAACUGCCGACGCCAAUCCAGAGGCAAAGGUGGAGGGUCUGAAGGAAAAGAUGGUCUAUCAGUUCCGAGUCCGCGCCCACAACAAAGCAGGUCCUGGUUCGCCUAGCGAGCCCACGGACAACCAUCUCUGCAAGCACAGAAACCUGAAACCGAGGAUCGACAGGAGCAACUUCAAAUCGGUGAUCAUCAAGGCUGGUCGCACGCACAAGUGGUCCGUCGACAUCACCGGCGAACCGCCUCCAGAAGCCAAAUGGAUCUGGAGAGACAACAUCCCUCUGACGAACACGGAACGCAUCAAGAUCGAGAACGUCGAUUAUCAUACAGACUUUACGAUCGUUAACGCGAUGCGCAAGGACACUGGGAAGUACACCCUCAUCGCCGAGAACGCCAACGGCAAGGACGAGGAGACUGUGGAGCUCACUGUUCUUGGAAAGCCAGACGCACCGAAAGGCCCGUUGCAAGUGACGGACGUCACCGCCACAUCCGCCAAAGUGAAGUGGGAGAAACCAGAGGACGACGGCGGUGUUCCUAUAAAAGAAUACGAGAUCGAGAAGCUGGAUACGAAGACUGGCAAGUGGGUCAGAGUGGGCAAGGUCCCGGGGAACUCGCCGUUGACGGAGUUCGAGGUGACUGGAUUAAACCCUGGCAGCGAAUACAAGUUCCGCGUUACCGCGGUUAACGACGAGGGCGAUUCCGAACCUCUCGAGAGCGAACGCCCUAUCAUCGCGAAGAAUCCAUACGACGAACCCCACAAGCCUGGAACGCCAGAGAUCACCGACUACGACAACGAGUCCAUAAGUCUGAAAUGGACCGCGCCAGACUUCGAUGGCGGAGCACCGAUCGAGAAGUACAUCAUCGAGAAGAAAGAUCGCUACAAGCCGGACUGGGAGAAAGCCAUGGAGGUGCCCGGAAACCAGCUCGAGGCUAAGGUUGCCGACUUGAAGGAACGCGGAGAGUAUCAGUUCAGGAUCAUCGCGGUGAACAAGGCUGGCCCAUCUCCUCCGUCCGACGCCUCGAGAAUGCAGAUAUGCAAACACAAGGCUCUGAAACCGAGGAUCGAUCGCACAAACUUGAAACCGAUUACGGUGCGCGCUGGCAAGAUGAUCAAGUACGACGUGGACGUCCGUGGCGAACCACCGCCAGAGAUCACAUGGUAUCACGCCAACAUGGCGGUGAAGACCGAGGAGAACAUCGAAAUCGUUAACGUCGACUACAACACCAAGAUCACCAUCAGCGACUGCCUGCGCAAGAACACCGGGGUGUGGAAAAUAAAAGCUGUGAACCCACACGGCGAAGACGAGGCUGAAGUGGAAGUUACGAUUCUUUCCGCUCCUGGUAAACCAAAGGGCCCUCUGAAGGUAUCAGACGUGACGAAGGGCGGAUGCAAGCUGAAAUGGGGAAAACCAGAGGACGACGGCGGCAAGCCCGUCACCAGCUACCAAGUCGAGAAGCUCGACAAGGCCACGGGAAGAUGGGUCCCAGUCGGACGCACCUCGGACACCGAAAUGGAUAUCAAAGGUCUCCAAGAAGGCCACGAAUACGAAUUCAGGGUCAAGGCCAUCAACGAAGAAGGCGAAUCCGAACCACUGGUCACCGAUAGCACGACUCUUGCAAAGAAUCCUUAUGACGUAGCCAGUAAGCCUGGUGUACCAGAAUUCGAGGAUUGGGACGUGGAUCGCGUCGACCUGAAAUGGGAACCGCCCAAAGAUAGCGGCGGAGCAGCCAUCACGGGCUACAUCAUCGAAAUGAAAGAGAAACCGUCCACCCAGUGGCAGGAAGCAACGGUGACCGAAUCGCCUCAACCAAAAGGACGCGUUACAGGCCUGAAGAAGGGCUCGGUUUACCAAUUCCGUGUUCGCGCUGUGAACAAGGCUGGACCAUCCGAGCCCAGCGAUUCGACCAAACCGCACACCGCAAAGGCGCGACACCUGAAACCACACAUCAACCGCGACAAACUGCAGUCGAUCAAGGUAAGAGCAGGUCAAGCGGUGAGACUGGAAGUCGACGUCGAAGGUGAACCACCUCCAACCGUCACCUGGAACUUCGCUGGAGCGGUUCUGCAGACCGGAGCAAACGUCAAGAUUGAUAACGAAGAUUACCUGACGAAGAUCCACCUGACGGACACCAGUCGCAAGCUCAGCGGCAAAUACACCAUCAAAGCCGUAAACGAUUCGGGUCAAGACGAGGCUGACGUCGAGAUCAUCAUCCUCGACAGACCUGGAAAGCCCGAGGGUCCGCUGGAGGUGACCGAUGUCCACAAAGAGGGAUGCAAGCUAAAGUGGAGCAAGCCAAAGGACGAUGGCGGUCUGCCUCUGUCCAGUUACAUAAUCGAAAAGAUGGACGUGACAACGGGUCGAUGGGUGCCCGCUGGUAUCUGCGAUCCCGACAAAACAGAGCACGCGAUCACCGGCUUGGAACCUGGUAAAAAGUACGAGUUCCGAGUCAAGGCUGUGAACGAGGAAGGCGAGUCGGAACCUCUGCAGACGGACACUGCCAUCGUCGCUAAGAAUCCGUAUGAUCCUCCUGCCGCACCCGGUCUCCCAGAGAUCGUAGACUGGUCCGAGAACAUGGUAAAACUCAAGUGGGAACCGCCGAUAAGAGACGGUGGCGCACCUAUUACCGGAUACAUCAUCGAAAUGAAAGACAAGCUUGGCACUACCUACGUGAAGGCUGCCGAGGUCGAAGGACCUAAAUGCGUGGGAACGGUAACCAGAUUGGUAGAAGGAAACCAAUAUCAGUUCAGGGUCCGAGCCGUCAACAAAGCUGGCCCUGGUGAACCUAGCGAGCCUACCAAUCCUCACACUGCCAAGGCUCGUUAUCUGAAACCGUAUAUCGACCGUACCAACCUGCAGCCUAUAACUGUGAAAUGUGGUCUCACCAUGACCUUGGACGUGAACAUCAUCGGAGAACCGCCUCCAGAUGUAACCUGGGUGUUCAAAGACAAGGAGCUCGUUUCCGACGACACGCUACGUAUCGACAAUAUCGAUUACAACACCAAAUUCGUCAUGUUGAAAGCGAAACGAGUUCACAGCGGAAAGUACGUCAUCAAAGCGAAGAACGAAGUGGGCGAGGACACGGCCGAGAUCGAGAUACUGGUUAUCGGUAAACCGAGCAAGCCGAAGGGUCCCCUGGAGGUGUCCGACGUGAACAAGCACGGCUGCAAGCUGAAGUGGGAGAAACCCGAAGAUGACGGCGGCGUGCCCGUCGAGUACUACGAAAUCGAGAAACUGGACCCCCUAACUGGACAAUGGAUCCCAUGCGGAAAGUCCGUCGAACCGGAAGCCACGGUGACGGGACUCCAGGAGGGGAAACCCUACAAAUUCCGGGUGAAGGCGGUGAACAGAGAGGGCGAAUCCGACGAGCUGGAGACCGAGAAGUCCAUCGUCGCCAAGAAUCCAUUCGACGAACCUGGGAAACCCGGCCGUCCAGAAAUCAAGAACUGGGACAAGGACUUCGUUGACCUGGAAUGGGCGCCACCAAAGGACGACGGCGGUGCACCCAUCGAGAAGUACAUCAUACAGAUGAGAGACAAGGAAGGUAGACAGUGGAUAGACGUUGCAAAGGUCCAAGGAGACCGCACCGUCGCCAAGGUCACCGAUGGCAUCGAGGAAGGCCACGAAUACGAAUUCAGAGUCGUAGCUGUCAACAGAGCUGGACCUAGCGAACCCAGUGACACUUCCAGGAGUGUUGUCGCCAAACCACGGUUCUUGGCUCCACGCAUCGACCGCAAGAAUCUCCAGAAGAAAGUAAUGCGAGUGGGACAGCUGCUCCGUAUCGAGGCGGACAUACAAGGCGAACCGCCUCCAACUGUCACGUGGAAGCUCAAAGACACCGUCCUGAAGACCAUGGAGCGUCUCAAGAUCGAGAACGAGGAGUACCACACCACUUUCAUUAUUACCAAAACCCAGAGAUCCGAUACCGGCACGUACACCGUUAUCGCAAAGAACGACAGCGGCACCGAUCAAGUGGACGUUGAGAUCCAGGUUCUGAGCAAACCCAGCAAACCGAAGGGACCUCUGGAGGUGUCCGACGUGACCGCGGAGGGAUGCAAACUGAAAUGGGACAAGCCAGACGACGAUGGCGGCGAGCCGGUGGAUCACUACGUGAUCGAGAGGAUGGACGUCGAUACUGGAAGAUGGGUACCCUGCGCCACGAGCAAAACUCCGGAAGCUGACGUCACUGGCCUCAACGAAGGCAAGGACUACAUGUUCCGCGUGAAGGCUGUGAACUCCGAGGGCGAAUCUGAGCCCUUGGAAACGGCAAUUCCGACCACGGCGAAGAAUCCUUACACCGAGCCAGAAGCACCUGGCAAACCAGAUCUGAAAGACUGGUCUAAACAUCACGUGGACCUGAAAUGGAAAGCUCCGAAGAACGACGGCGGAGCACCGAUAGAGAAGUAUAUAAUCGAGAAGAAAGACUCGUACGGUAAAUGGCAGAAAGCAGCGGAGGUGCCUGGAAACAAGACCGAGGGACGCGUGGAGGACCUCGUCGAAGGACAAAAGUAUCAGUUCCGCGUGAAGGCGGUGAACAAGGGCGGUCAGAGUAAACCUAGCGAGCCAAGCGACAGCUUGGUCGCCAAAGAUCGCUACGCCGCGCCUAGAAUCGAUCGCACGAACAUGAAGGACAUCACUGUCAAGGCUGGCAGUCACAUUCGCGUGGACGUGAAGGUGUCCGGUGAACCGCCUCCAACGAAGACGUGGUACCUCAACAAGGCCAAACAGGAAACCGGUGGUAUUUUAUCCAUCGAACUGGAGGACUACAGAACGAAGUACAUAGUGAUGUCCGCCAGCAGAGCUCACUGUGGCAGCUUGACCCUGAAGGCGGAAAAUAGCUCCGGAAAAGACGAAGCCACGAUCGAGGUUCUGGUGCUGGACAAGCCUGGAAAACCGGAAGGUCCUCUCAAAGUAUCCGACGUGCACAAGGAGGGAUGCAACCUCAAGUGGAACCCGCCCCUAGACGACGGUGGUUCACCCCUGGAUCACUACGUGGUCGAGAAAAUGGACACGGAGUCCGGGAGGUGGAUUCCAGUGGGACGCACGAAGGAACCCAACAUGGCCGUGGAAAAUCUGGUGCCUGGUCAGGAGUACAAAUUCCGAGUUUCCGCUGUGAAUGCGGAGGGUGAAUCGGAACCUUUGGAAACUGACCACGGAAUCGUUGCGAAGAAUCCGUUUGACGAACCAGGCCCGCCUGGUCGUCCAGAGGCAACCGAUUGGGACAAGGAUCAUAUCGAUCUAAGAUGGACUCCACCAUUGACCGAUGGUGGAUCUCCAAUCACCGGAUACGUGAUCGAGAAGCGCGAAAAAGACGGGCCACGUUGGAUAAAGGCUCUCGAGACCGGGCCUGAAUGCAAAGGACGCAUCGACAACCUCGACGAGGGCGUUGAGUACGAGUUCCGAGUGAAGGCCGUCAACGCAGCCGGUCCUGGCCAACCAUCGGACGUCAGCAAGCCCAUCACAGCCAAGAGCAGACGACUUCCACCGAAGAUCGACAGGAAGAACUUGCGCGACAUCACGGUACGCGAGAACGAAGCGUUCCACUUCGACGUGAAGAUCAUCGGCGAACCGCCGCCGGACGUCACGUGGGUCCUCAACAACAAGAGCAUACAAGUGACGACCUACCGUCGCAUACAAAACGUUCCGUACAACAGCAAGUUCUUCAACGACAAACCCGAGCGCAAGGACAGCGGUUUGUACAAGAUCACAGCGGUGAACCAGCACGGAUCUGACACCGCUGACGUCGAAGUCACCGUUGUCUCUAAGCCUGGCAAGCCCGAAGGUCCGCUCGAGGUGUCCGACAUCCACAAAGAGGGUUGCACGCUGAAAUGGAAGAAGCCGAAAGACGACGGCGGCGAGCCCAUCGAGGGUUACGUCGUGGAGAAGUUCGAUCCAGAGACCGGUGUCUGGUUACCGGUUGGUAAGACGAUGGGACCGGAAAUGAAGGUGGAAGGACUGACGCCUGGACACGAGUACAAGUUCCGAGUGAAGGCGCUCAACAAGGAAGGAGAGUCGGAACCUUUGGAGACUUUCAGCUCGAUCGUGGCUAAGGAUCCAUUCACUGUCCCAAGCCCUCCGGGAGCACCGGAACCGGUCGACUGGACCGCCAACCAGGUUGAUCUCACCUGGAAGGAACCGGUCAGCGACGGAGGAUCGCCAAUUACAGGGUACAUCAUCGAGAAGAAAGACAAAUACAGCACAAUGUGGGAGAAAGCUCUGGAAAUCGAGACGCCAACCACGAAGGCCCUCGUCCACGGUCUCAUCGAGGGCAACGAUUACCUGUUCCGCGUGAUCGCUGUGAACAAGGCCGGCCAAUCGGAGCCUGGCGACGCCAGCAAAACGUUUACGGCUAAACCGCGCUUCUUGGCACCCAAGAUCGAUCGACGCAAUCUGCGGGAUGUCACUCUCUCGGCCGGUUCGCUGCUGAGAUUCGACGCGAACGUGAUCGGUGAACCACCGCCGCACAUCGAAUGGCGAUACGGCGCGAUCCCGCUGCACUCCGACAGAAAAGUGCAGAUCGACAAUUCCGACUACAGCACCAAGUUCAGUAUUCGUCCCGUGUCCCGCGACGACAGCGGCGAUUACCACGUAACAGCCAGCAAUUCGUCCGGAAGGGACUCCGUCACCAUACAGGUCGUAGUGACAGACAAACCGAUGCCUCCCGAAGGACCUCUUCAAGUGACCGACGUCCACAAGGAGGGAUGCAAACUGAAAUGGAAGAGACCCAAGGACGAUGGCGGCACUCCCAUCGAAUACUACCAGGUGGACAAGAUGGACCCAGAGACCGGAUGUUGGGUAUCCUGCGGUCGAUCCACGGAGCCUAACUUGGAGGUGACAGGAUUGACACCAGGCAAGGAAUACUUGUUCCGCGUCAGCGCAGUGAACGCUGAGGGAGAGUCGAAGCCUCUGGAGGCGGAACAGGCGAUCCUAGCCAAAAAUCCAUUCGACGAACCAGGCAAACCAGGCGACCUGCGCGCCACAGACUGGGACAAGGAUCACGUCGAUCUCGCCUGGACUCCGCCGGCGAACGACGGCGGCUCGCCAGUCACUGGGUACAUAAUCGAGAAGAAAGACAAGUACGGCGAAUGGGAAAAGGCCGUCGAAGUGCCCGCGGACGAGACCUCCGCUACCGUUCCCGACUUGAUAGAAGGCCAACCGUACGAGUUCCGCGUGCGAGCCGUAAACAAAGCCGGCCCCGGCGAGCCAUCGGAUCCGACGCCAACGAUCAUUGCCAAGCCGCGAAACCAAGCGCCGCGCAUCGAUCGCACGAACUUGGUGGAGGUCAGAAUCAAAGCCGGUCAGAACUUCAGCUACGACGUAAAGGUUACCGGCGAGCCACCUCCGACCACGAAAUGGACGUUGAACAAGCGGGAGGUGAGACCCACCGAACGCAUCAAGGUGAAGCACGUGGACUACAACACAAGUUUGAGCGUCCGAAACGCUACCAGAGCGGACUCCGGCAAGUACGUGCUCACUGCCGAGAACAUAAACGGCACGGACGAGGAGGUGGUCAAGGUAACCGUUCUGGACAUACCGAGCCCGCCUGAAGGACCGCUCAGAGCGUCGAACGUCCACGCGGAAGGAUGCAAAUUGAACUGGAAGCCUCCAGAGGACGACGGCGGCCAGCCCGUCGAGAAGUACAUCGUGGAGAAAAUGGACGAGACCACCGGUCGAUGGGUACCCGCAGGAGAAACCGAUGGACCCGAAACGUCCCUCGACGUGGAAGGACUCACUCCUGGUCACAAGUACAAGUUCAGGGUUCGGGCAGUCAACAAGCAAGGCAAAUCGGAACCGCUCGCGUGCAUGCAAACCGUCGAAGCGAAGAAUCCGUUCGACGAACCAGGAAAGCCUGGCACGCCUACCGUCAGCGACUACGACUCGGACUUUGUCGAACUGCAAUGGAAACGUCCGGAAGAGGACGGUGGUUCGCCUAUUACCGGCUACAUCAUAGAGAAACGAGACAAGUACAGUCCCACUUGGGAGAAGUGCGCCGAAGUCGAAGGCGACGUGAACCGUGGAAAGGUCAACGACCUCGUCGAAGGCACCCACUACGAGUUCCGGGUCAGGGCGGUCAACAAAGCCGGUCCUGGCGAACCAUCCGAUGCUUCCAAAUCGCACUUGGCGCGACCUAAGAACCUUCCGCCGAAGAUCGACAGGAACUACAUGCUGGACGUGAAAGUGAAGGCAGGCGGUUUCUACGACUUCGACGUCCCCGUGACCGGCGAACCGCCUCCAUCCAAGACGUGGUCGUUGAAGGGCGUAUCGGUAAUGGCGGACGAUCGCAUCAAGAUCGUGAACGAGGAUUACAACACCAAGGUUCGUGUGAUGGAAGCCAGACGUUCCGAUUCGGGAGUCUACACCCUGGAGGUGAAGAACAUCAACGGCAGGGACGCUGCCACGUUGAACGUGAACGUCCUGGAUGUACCAUCUCCCCCCGAGGGACCGCUGAAGAUAGACAACGUGACGAAGAACGGCUGCAACCUGAAGUGGCGUCCACCGAAAGACGACGGCGGCUCGGAAAUUCAGUAUUACCAGGUCGAGAAGAUGGACACGGAGAACAUGCGUUGGGUGCCGGUGGCGGAAGCCUCGUCGACUUCCGCUCACGUGGAUCACCUGAUCGAGGGACACGACUAUCAGUUCCGCGUGCGUGCCGUGAACAAGCAGGGAGAGUCGGCGCCGCUCACUGGAAUGGACACCAUCACUGCCAAGGACCCGUAUGAUAAGCCAGAUAAACCUGGGGCACCAGUCGCCACCGAUUGGGACAAAGAUCACGUCGAUUUGGAAUGGGCACCGCCCAAGAAAGACGGCGGAUCACCCAUCACGGGUUACAUCAUCGAGAAGAAACCGCGAUUCGGACAGUGGGAGAAGGCCGUGGAAGUGGAGGGCAACAAGACGAACGUCAGAGUUCCCGACUUGGUCGAGGGACAGGAGUACGAGUUCAGAGUGAUCGCCGUCAACAAGGCUGGACCUGGAGAACCAUCCGAGGCCUCGUCUCCCAUCGUCGCGAAACCACGAUUCCUUGCCCCGUCGUUCGACCCGCACGCGAUGAGCGACUUGACUGUACGAGCUGGCCAGAAGAUCAGCUACAUCAUUCCGAUCCAGGCGUCACCCAAGCCUACAGCCACGUGGACCUUGGACGGAGCGAUAAUCAUGGCCGACUCUCGCCACGAGAUGUACACCACUAACACAGAGACCACAUUCGAGAUCCAGUUCUCCGUGCGCUCGGAUACAGGUCGAUACGCGUUGACUUUGCAGAACGAGCAUGGAAAGUUCAGCGCGAACGCGAGGGUCACCGUCCUGGACAGACCUUCGCCGCCUCAGAAACCACUGGAGAUCAGCAACAUCACCAAGGAAGGUUGCCACCUGGCCUGGAGGCAUCCAUUGGACGACGGUGGCAGUCCAAUUUUGCACUACGUCGUCGAGAAGAUGGACUUGUCUCGAGGCACCUGGUCCGAUGCCGGCAUGAGCAUGAUACUCAGCCACGAAGUAGCUAGGUUGACCCAUCGCAAGGAAUAUCUGUUCCGCGUGAAGGCCGUCAACACCAUCGGAGAAUCCGAUCCUCUGGAGGCGUCCAAGAGCAUCGUAGCUAAGAACGAAUUCGACGAGCCUGAAGCACCUGGCAGACCACAGAUCACAGACUGGGACAAGGACCACGUCGACUUGCAGUGGCCAGCGCCGACCAGCGACGGUGGUUCUCCGCUAACUGGAUACAUUAUUCAGAAGAAAGAGAAAGGUAGCCCUUACUGGGUGAACGCGGUCCACGUUCCUCCGAAUCAAACGAACACAACCGUUCCGGACUUGACGGAGGGACAGGAGUACGAAUUCCGCGUGAUAGCCGUGAACGCUGCUGGACAAUCCGAACCAUCGGAGCCCAGCGAUCUCAUCACCGCCAAGCCUCGCUACCUGGCGCCAAAGAUCAAGACGCCCUUGCAAGACAUUCGAAUCAAGGCUGGACUCAUCUUCCACGUCGACAUCGACUUCGUCGGCGAACCCACUCCGGAGGUCACGUGGACAGUUGGAAGCAAAUCGUUGGAGACUACGAACAGAACAACCGUCACCUCGAUCGGCUAUCACACUAUCGUUCACACGGUGAACGCCCAGAGAUCCGAUUCCGGAUUGUACCACUUGCUGCUGAAGAACAGCAGCGGCAUAGACGAGGGUAGCUUCAACGUGAUCGUCCUUGAUAGACCAGGACCACCAGAGGCGCCUCUGGAGUACGAGGAAAUCACGAGCCAAUCGGUCACCUUGUCUUGGAAGCCGCCCAAGGACAACGGCGGUAGCGAGAUCACUGGAUACGUGAUCGAGAAACGAGACUUGACACACGGCGGUGGCUGGGUUCCUGCAGUGACACACGUGAAUCCCAAAUACAACCAUGCCACAGUACCGAGGUUGCUCGAAGGUACCACCUAUGAGUUCAGAGUGAGCGCCGAGAACCUUCAAGGUCGUUCCGAGCCGCUAACCACCGACCGCUCCAUCGUCGCCAAGAACCAAUUCGUCGCGCCUGGACAGCCUGGCAAGCCAGAAUUAGUAGACGCCGACAAGGAUCACAUCAAGAUCAAGUGGUUGGCGCCGAUCAGCAACGGAGGAUCGAAGAUAAUCGGUUACGACGUGGAGAGACGCGAUCGCGCGACCGGUCGUUGGUUAAAGGUGACCAAGGAGCCCACCAAGUACGCGGAAUACUACGACGACCACGUAACCGAAGGUCACGCGUACGAGUACCGAGUCACGGCCAUAAACGCCGCUGGAUCUGGAAAGCCUAGCGACACGUCGUCGGUCUUCAUCGCGAAACCGAUGAAAGAGAAGCCGAAAUUGAACCUGGACGCGCUCAUCGGACGCAAGAUCAAGGUCCGUGCCGGUGAACCAAUUAACGUUAACAUUCCACUGACCGGCGCGCCGACUCCCACCAUCGAAUGGACCAAGGAUGCAAGGCCUCUCUUGGAAACUCUUCGAAUUACGACCGAGACGAAGAGCGACCGUACGAACCUGUCGAUCGAGAAAUCGGUCCGAGAGGAUGGCGGACUGUACGUGAUCACAGCAUCGAACGAGCACGGAAGAGAUUCGGCGGAUAUCGAGGUGAUCGUGGUGGACAGGCCCGGACCACCUCAGGGUCCGCUCCAGUACACCGGUACGACGCAAGAUACCGUGUCUCUGUCCUGGAACAAACCUCUGGACGACGGUGGAUCCGACAUUACCAACUACAUCGUGGAAGUGUCGGACGUCGGAGCCGAUAACUGGCGGCAAACGCCUGGAUACUGUCCGCGAACCAGCUACACCGCCAAAGGACUCACCGAGGGUAAGAAGUACAUCUUCAGGGUCCGAGCCGAAAACAUGUACGGCGUUUCGGAGCCCCUGGAAGGCAAACCAGUCGUCGCCAAGAGCCCGUACGAUCCACCGGAUGCCCCCAGCCAGCCUGAAAUCCUCGGGUACACUCCCAACAGUUGCAGUCUCUUCUGGAAUCCACCUCUCAACACCGGUGGCAAGCCCAUCACUGGAUAUUACGUGGAAAGACGCGAGCGUGGCGGCGAAUGGCUCAAAGUCAACAACUAUCCGACUCCGAAUACAACCUUCACCGUCCAAGACCUACACGAAGGCUCUAAAUACGAAUUCAGAGUCAUCGCUGUCAACGAAGCCGGACCUGGCGCGCCUAGCAAGCCCACCGAGCCGAUCACUGCUGGACACCAACGUCUGCGUCCCGAUGCUCCCGAACCACCGAAGCCCGAUAGAAUCACCAAGGAUUCGGUGACCCUCAGCUGGCGUCCGCCACGCAGCGACGGCGGUGCCAAGAUCAGAGGAUACAUAAUCCAAAUGAAGACCAGAGCUCAGGACGAAUGGGACGACGUGAACGGCGCACCGAUACCAACGAACGUUUACACGGUGCCGAAGCUUACCGAGGGCGAGGAGUACCUCUUCAGGGUGAUCGCCGUGAACGACGUCGGGAGAAGCGACCCCAGCAGACAGAGCAAUCCGAUCGUCAUCGAGGAACAGCCCAACAAACCGGUCAUGGACCUCGGUGGAGUUCGCGACAUCACCGUUCGUGCUGGAGAAGACUUCUCCAUUCACGUACCUUACAUCGGCUUCCCCAAACCCACCGCCACGUGGUUCGCCAACGACGUCGUCAAGGAUGAAACGGACUCGCGCGUCCACCAACAGUUGGCCGACGAUUUUGCUAGUCUCGUGGUGAAGAAUUCGAAACGCUCGGAUGGAGGACAAUACCGACUCCAGCUGCGCAACUCUUCAGGCUUCGACACGGCCACCGUGAACGUUAAGGUUCUCGACCGACCCAAUCCACCGGUGAACCUUCACGCCGACGAAUUCGGCGGAGAUGCACUAACGUUGUUCUGGAACCCGCCGAAAGACAACGGCGGUGCGGACAUCACCAACUACGUCGUCGAGAAGCGAGAACCGAAGGGCACAUGGUCCAAGGUGAGCAGCUACGUCACGACGCCGUUCGUUCGAGUGAGGAACCUGACGGUAGGAAGCAUGUACGAGUUCCGAGUGAUGGCUGAGAAUCAGUACGGCACGUCUGAUCCGGUCACAACGAUGGAUCCGAUCAAGGCCAGACAUCCGUUCGAUCCACCAGGCGCUCCCGGAGCACCGAGAGGCGUCGAAACGACCGAAGACAGCAUCACGAUCACAUGGACCAAGCCUCGCCACGACGGAGGAUCUCCUAUCCUCGGAUACGUUAUCGAGAAGCGUCUGUUGAGCGAGGACAAGUGGACCAAAGCCACCCCGUCUCUCGUUCACGAGACUACUUACAGGGUGACCGGGCUCAUCGAAAAUCACGAUUACGAGUUCCGCGUAGCUGCAGAAAACGCUGCCGGCCGUGGGCCAUACAGUUCCAACUCCGAAGUGAUCAGAGCUAGCGCGCAACCUUUCCCACCGAGGAUCACGUCAGACCUCAGCAUCCGCGACAUGACGGUGAUCGCUGGAGAACCAUUCACGAUAACGGUUCCAUUCAACGCCAAUCCGAGGCCGAGACCCAGCUGGUCCAUCAACGGCGAAGAGGUUCUCACGGGAGACAGAAUCAAAUUCGACACCACGGACAUCGCCUCGCAAUUCAUCAACAAGAAGGCCAAGAGGUCCGACACGGGAUCGUACACCAUCUAUCUCACAAACACCGUCGGCACCGACUCUGCCUCCUGCAAGGUUCUCGUUGUCGACAAACCGUCUCCGCCUCAAGCUCCUCUGGACAUCUCCGAUAUCACCCCGGAAACUUGCUCGCUGUCCUGGAAACCUCCCUUCGACGAUGGUGGCUCACCUGUCACGAACUACAUCGUCGAGAAACUGGACCCUGCUGGCUACUGGGUGAAGCUGAGCAGUUUCGUAAGGAACACCCAUUACGACGUGUUCGGCCUCGAACCAAACCGCAAGUACAACUUCCGCAUCCGCGCGGAGAACCAGUACGGAAUAUCGGAGCCGCUCCAGGCGGAUGAACCGAUCACUGCCAAAUUCCCAUUCACCGUACCGGACCCGCCUGGACAGCCACGCGUCAUCGACUGGGACACCUCGCAGGCCACUGUGGUUUGGACCAGGCCGAUAUCCGAUGGUGGUUCGCGUAUUCAGGGUUACAAGAUCGAGUUCCGCGAUCCCGCGGACGACGCCACGUGGCGAGUGGCGAACGACUACCUAGUGAAAGACACGACCUACAUCUGCUACAGUCUGGCGGCUGGUCACGAGUACGAGUUCAGGAUACGAGCCAUGAACGCGGCCGGAUACAGCAGGCCCAGCCCGCCCUCGCCGGCGUUCAAGAUCAAGAGCAAGUUCAACGUGCCAUCGCCACCUGGCACGCCGCAAGUCGUCAAAGUCGGCAAGAACUACGUCGAUCUCAAAUGGGAGGCGCCGAUUUCCGACGGUGGCAGCCGUAUCACCGGCUACGUGAUCGAAAAACGGGAAGUCGGAAGUCCCAUCUGGGCGAAGUGCAACGAGUACAACGUCACCGACACGGAGUACACCGUGAUGCAUCUGAUAGAGCGCGGCGACUACGAGUUCAGGAUCUUCGCGGUGAACGCCGCCGGAAGGUCGGAACCGAGCUCCUGCACCACGCCCGUCAAGAUCUGCGAGGUCGUGGGCGGCGAGAAGCCAGAGUUCGUCAGAACGUUGCCCGUCAGUCAGAUCAUGCCACUCGGCAAGACUCUCGUGUUCGAGUGCGAGGCCACUGGAAACCCUCUACCGACGGCCAGGUGGCUGAGAAACGGCCGGGAAAUCACUCUCGGCGGUCGUUUCCGUACGGAGGCGUUCGACGGAAUCUACAGACUGGUGAUAUCGGAGGUCAUGGUCGCGGACGACGGCGAUUACAGCUGCCAAGUGGCGAAUCCGCUCGGCGCGGCCACGACGACGUCCAGAUUGAAGAUCGGCAGCCCGCCGCGCAUCGAGCGUAUGCCGGACGACCUGUACCUGGCCGAGGGCGACAACACGAAGAUCAAGAUCUACUACAGCGGCGACCAGCCCAUGGAGAUUACCCUGAAGAAGGAUGGAAAGAAGAUCGACGACGGGCCUCACAUCAAGUACACCGUGUUCGACGAUUACCUGAUCAUCUUCAUCAAGGACAUCCAGUCGGACGACGCGGGCAAUUACAAUCUCUCGAUCUCGAACGACAGCGGCAGCGUGAGCGGUUCCUUCAACGUGUACAUCACCGGUUUGCCUGGACCGCCGACAGGACCGCUGGACGUUUCGGACAUCAACAAACACAACUGCACCCUGUCCUGGCACCCGCCGAAGGUGGACGGUGGUCUUCGCGUGACUCACUACGUCGUCGAGCGUCGCGACGUCACCCACACUCACUGGAUCACGAUCUCGUCCUUCUGCAAGGACUGCAGUUUCAUGGUGCAGGGCCUGACGGAGGGACAGGAGUACCUGUUCCGAGUGAUGGCCGUGAACGACAACGGAAUGGGACCACCGUUGGAAGGAGCGAAUCCUAUCAAGGCCAAGGCGCCGUUCGAUCCACCGGGUCCUCCGGGAACGCCAAAGGUCACCGAGAUCGGCGGAGACUUCGUGCACCUCUCCUGGGAGAAGCCCGAGACGGACGGCGGGUCCAAGGUUCAAGGCUACUGGAUCGACAAGCGCGAGGCCGGCAGCCAGACUUGGCAACGCGUGAACGUCGCCAUCUGCAUGCCGACGCAGAUCAACAUCACCAACCUGAUCGAAGGAAGGCAAUACGAGUUCCGCGUGUUCGCCCAGAACGUCGCGGGCAUUGGUCCAGAGUCCAAGGCUUCGACUUCGGUGAAGAUCACCGAUCCUCAGGCGGCGAAGGCUCCGGAGGUUAUACAGCCUCUGCACAAGGUCAACUGCGUGCAGAACCACAACGCGACGUUCACGUGCAAGAUCAUAGGCACCCCGAGGCCGACGAUCACCUGGUUCAAGGGCGCCCGCGAGAUCGUCAGCGGAUCUCGCUACAACAUAUACUCGGAGGGCGACGUGCACAACCUGGUGAUACACGACGUAUUCGGCGAGGACGCGGACGAGUACUUCUGUCGCGCUGUGAACAAAUGCGGCGUCAAGUCGACCAAGGGCGAGCUUCUGAUAAAGACCCCGCCGAAACUGAACGUUCCGCCGCGGUUCAGAGACACCGCGUUCUUCGACAAGGGCGUGAACGUGGUCAUCAAGAUUCCGUUCACCGGCUACCCGAAACCCAAGAUCAGCUGGGUGAGGGAAGGCGAGACGAUAGAAUCCGGAGGACACUACACGGUAGAGGUGAAGGAGAGACACGCCGUGCUGACCAUCAUAGAUGGCAGCCGAAUCGACUCGGGACCUUAUCGCAUCACCGCGGAGAACGAUCUUGGCCAGGACACGGCUAUCAUCAAGAUCCAGAUCAGCGACCGACCAGACCCACCCAGAUUCCCUCAGAUCGACAACGUUGGACACGACUCGCUGGCCCUCAGCUGGAAGCCACCGGUUUGGGACGGCGGCAGCAACAUCACCAACUACCUCGUAGAAAAGAGGGAACACCCCAUGACCAGCUGGAUCAGGGUUGGAAACACGAGGUUCUGCUCGAUGGCGGUCACGGGACUCAGCGCGGGACACCAGUACGACUUCAGGGUCUGCGCGGAGAACAUCUACGGGAGAUCCGAUCCCAGCGAGGUGACGCCGUUGAUAACGACCAAGGGCACCGUGAAGAGGGAGUUCAAGCAGAAGGAGUACAAAGUGGACGCGACCGGAAAGAAGAUUCGCGGCAGGGACGACGAGAAACCGCGCGACUACGAUCAAUUCGUCUUCGACGUUUACAGCAAAUACGUGCCGCAGCCGGUUGAGAUCAAGCACAUCUCCGUCUACGACAGAUACGACAUCCUCGAAGAGAUUGGCACGGGCGCCUUCGGGGUCGUCCAUCGCUGCCGCGAACGCGCCACCGGGAACAUAUUCGCCGCCAAGUUUAUUCCAGUGUCCCACGCGAUGGAGAAGGAGCUCAUCAGGAAGGAGAUCGACAUAAUGAACCAGCUGCACCAUCCGAAAUUGAUCAACCUCCACGAUGCCUUCGAGGACGACGACGAGAUGGUCCUGAUAUUCGAAUUCUUGUCCGGCGGUGAACUCUUCGAGAGGAUCACGGCGGAAGGGUACACCAUGUCCGAGGCCGAGGUCAUCAACUACAUGAGGCAGAUCUGCGAGGCCGUCAAGCACAUGCACGAGAAGAACAUCAUACACUUGGACAUCAAGCCCGAGAACAUCAUGUGCCAGACGCGCAACAGCUCCAACGUGAAACUGAUCGACUUCGGUUUAGCCACGAAGCUCGAUCCCAACGAGGUGGUCAAGAUCAGCACCGGCACAGCCGAAUUCGCGGCUCCUGAGAUCGUCGAGCGCGAACCAGUCGGAUUCUACACGGACAUGUGGGCCUGCGGUGUUUUGGCCUACGUCCUGUUGAGCGGCCUUUCACCGUUCGCCGGAGACAACGACAUCGAAACCCUGAAGAACGUCAAGGCCUGCGACUGGGACUUCGACGAAGAAGCAUUCCGCGAUGUUUCCGAGGAGGGCAAGGACUUCAUUAGGCGACUGCUCGUCAAGAAUAAAGAGAAACGUAUGACUGCCCACGAAUGUCUCGUGCACGCGUGGUUGACCGGAGACCACAGCGACAGAACCAAGGCGAUCUCCAGCAGCAGAUACCUCCGCUUCAGGGACAGACUGCGCGCCAAGUACGAGGACUGGGACAAAUACGUCCUCCCCAUCGGUCGACUGGCCGAGUACUCCUCGCUCAGGAAACUGCUGAUCGAGAAAUACAAGAUUUACGAUUCCUGCUUCGAUCGACGACAAGCCGCGCCAAGGUUCGUCAUCAAACCUACGAGCGCGUUCGCUUACGAGGGCCAAAGCGUCAAGUUCACUUGUCGCGUGAUCGCCACCGCUGACCCAACCCUCACCUGGUUCCACAACAACCAGGAGCUCAGACAAUCCGUCAAGUUCAUGAAACGAUACCACGGCGAGGACUACACUUUCAUCAUCAACAGAGUGAAGCUCGAGGACAGAGGGGAAUACGUGAUCAGGGCUGAGAAUCAUUACGGUUACAGGGAGGAGGUCGUUUUCCUCAACGUGCAACCGCUACCAGUAGAGAUACCGAAGUACAGACCGGAACUGCAUCCAGUGCGAAGAAGAGAACCUCUCGGCUACAACGUCUGGUUGGAGACCAUCGAAUCGGCGCCGAGCUUCACCUUCCUGCUUCGACCUCGCGUCAUCCAAGUCAGGCAAACGUGCAAGCUCCUCUGCUGUCUCGCAGGCAAUCCACCGCCCACGGUUAAAUGGUACAAGGACAGAGACGAGCUUUCCAAGCAUCACUACGCCAUGACGCACUCGGACGGCGUCGUGACGAUGGAGAUUAUCGACUGCAAGCCGGAGGACAGCGGCAAGUACCGCUGCGUGGCGACCAACAAACACGGAAAGGACGAGACCACUUGCGUCGUCAUUGUCGAAGGCACUGGAGAAACUGAGGAGCAGGUUAAAUUAGCGCACGACCUCCUACAUUCCGGAGAUCGAAGAUUUAUCGAGCAACCGCUGAAACCAGCACCGCCGCCGAUCAUAACGGUUCACAAAUCGGGUGGAUACAGCGGGUACAGUUCCACCACCACGCAAGGUUCAUCGUCCAAUUACAGUAGUUCCACCAAUAAGCAGAAUUCCACGACUUCCUCUUCCUACAGAGCCACAGACUCCAGCACGGACAAACGAAGCACCAAGAAGUACGGCCUCGACGCCACGGGCAGCCCAUCUCGUUCCAGAAGUACCACUAAGGAAUUAGCUUAUCCUCCGGACGACUCGAUGCGGGCGCCACAGUUCACGAAAAAACUGAGCGAUCUUACUAUAAACGACGGAGAACAGUUAGAACUCAGCGCGAAGGUCGACGGUGACCCUGAACCUCAGGUCACCUGGUCCAAGAACGGCAAGGCGCUAAGCUCGUCAGGCAUCAUGGACCUGAAGUACAAAGCGGGAGUCGCGACUCUCGUUAUCAACGAAGUGUUCCCCGAAGACGAGGGCGAAUACACUUGUCAGGCGAGCAACAGCAUCGGUACCGUGACUACCUCCUGCAAGCUGACUAUAAAACCGGGCACGACUGCGGCCGCGAAGAAGAAGACCGACGACAAGCCCCCGAAGAUCGUGGACCACCUGACGAGCAUGUUCGUGAAGGAUGGCGAAGCCGUUUUGCUGAGCUGUCGAAUAAUCGGCGCCAAGAAGUUCGACGUGAUAUGGCUUCACAAUAACAAAGAGAUCAAGCCUAGCAAGGACUUCCAGUACAGCAACGAGGCGAACAUCUACAAAUUGAACAUCGCCGAGAUCUUCCCCGAGGACUCCGGCACCUACACCUGCGAAGCGUUCAACGACGCAGGGGAGAGCUUCUCGUCGUGCACAUUAAACGUACUUGUUCCAAACGAGGAACCGAAGAGCCCAGUCUUCACGACAUUCCCGCAAUCUGCAACGGUAGGCGAAGGCGAAUCGGUUACGUUCACAUGCAAGACUGAAACCGCGCCUUUGAAAGUAACGUGGUUGAAAGACGGAAAAGCGAUCCCAGAAAGUAGCAGCAGGUAUCUCUUCAGUUCAGACGGUGACAAAUCGUUCGAGUUGCGUAUCAAAUCCUGCACGGCCAGCGAUGUCGGCCAAUACGUUGCCCGCGCGAUCGGCAAGAAGGGCGAGACGAACGCUGCUUUCGCCCUAAACGUUACCAGCGACCAAUGAAAACGUUGAUACGUGCAAUGAUCGCGAUACGACAAAGCUUCCAACGAUGUUCUAUCGGGAGAACAAUGAUUUAGAAACGAAAACGAAUGAUAAAGAACAGAGGGAAACGUUUGAAACGGACUGUAAAAAAAAGAAUUACGACUCGCGAAGUAAGUCGCGACGAUAGGUGGUUAUUAUAAGGUUCGUGUAUAAAAGAGAAAUUGGAGAACUAUUGUAUUCGCACUAUUCUAUUAUGUAAAUUAUCAUGGAACGCUGUAUUUUCUUUUUGUGUGCUUAUCAUUAUCGCAAGAAACACGUGUCGUUGUUGUGGUGAACGAAGAAUCUAAGACGUCGAACAAUACACGGAUAGCACGCGCAAUCUAUACGCUAAUACGAGCUUUGCUGUAUACACGAAUUACCAUAUUUUAAGUAAACAAUUAUGCAUAACGACGGUACGAAAUUUAAACGAUAAAUCGUCACGGUCGAUUCCGGCGGACGAACCAGCAUCCUCGAAUAUAACAACGUCGUCUAACAUCUUGUCUCGCCGGGAUGACUGUACGAAACGAUCGAUACUGUCGAGAUGUACGUCCUUAUUCCAUGUAAUCGUACGCACUGUCGUGUUAUACUUGUUUGAAGACUGCUUCCGUUACAAAAUUUACGAUAAAUAAAAUAUAAUUCAAAUAUAAAA